GCUGAGUACAACAACUGAACUGGUGCACUUUUUAUUCGAAGAGUAACUUGCUACUGUGAACACGCGUGUGGUUGAAUCAAAUCAAAUUUUAAAAUAAAACUGAAAUCCCGCUGCAAACAAAAUGGGUUCACAAGCAAAAGUUUCAGGAAUGGCGGACAUUCGACUACGAUUAAACGAGCUUGCAGUUGACGAUUGGAAAAGUAUCGGCAACAGGAACUUUGUUUUAAAACGAUACGAAGAAGCUGUUAUCGCCUACACAAAAGGAAUCGAACAAGGGGUCAACUUAAUUGACCUUCUGGCGAAUCGCUCCGCAUGCUAUUUGGCACUUUCCGAGCAUAAAUUGGCAUUGGAUGACGCUGAGUCAGUCCUUUACAUGGAUGAAAAACAUUUCAAAUGCAUUAACCGUAAGGUCGCAGCAUUGUUCGGUAUGAAACUGUACAAGGAUGCGGUCGCGUAUUUGGAAAAUAUCAAACUUGAUUCGAUUCAACCGAAUGAUAGACGAAUUUUAGUUGGUUUGAAGACGAGAGCAAAUUCGUAUGUUUCCCAAUCAGAACAUGGAGACUAUCCUUGGCUGUACAGACGGGAAAUCAAAUACCUCGACAUGGCUGAUUUUACGAAAUCCGUCAUCAUCAAGGAUUCGGCAAUAAAAGGCAGAGGACUUUUUGCUACAAAGACAAUUCAGCCGGGGGAAUUGAUAUUGGCGAGCAAGGCAUGGGCUUACGUGGAGGAUACGAUUCCAAAUGCAUGGCAUUUUGGACAGAAAUCUCUAAUGCUUGGUAUCAAUUCCAAACUCACCGAACAAAUGGAACAAAUGUUGAAUGAAAAUCCGAAAAAACGCCAGGAACUGUACCGUUUGUAUGCUGGACCGGAGUUGGGAUUUUUACCAUUCGAACAAGGAGUAACGCCGAACGUUGAAAUCAUUGACAAAAAACGAAUCGAAUCCAUUUCCACUUACAAUAGAUUUGCAUAUAAUGAACCCAUUGACGAAAUCACCAAAAGAAUGGCUGGAAUUUGGAUCACUCCAUCGUAUCUGAAUCACAGUUGCGUUGACUCAAACAGCUCAUGGCUAAUCAUUGGUGAUUUUCUGUUUGUUCGUGCUGUCCAUACUAUUCGCAAGGACGAAGAAAUUCUGAUAUGUUAUCAACCUCCCAAUGAAUUAAAUGCACAUAAGUCGUUGCGUGAUACAUACGAUUUCAUAUGCUCGUGUCGUCUCUGCCAACGAGAUCGAUUGGACGACGAAAGCGUAGUAGCCACCAGAGCUACCAUUUUUAAUCAGCUGGAAACAGCUUUGGGUAAAUUCAAAAUACCAAGUCAAUUGCGCAUGAAGAAAGAAGAUGAGCGUAAAAUACUUGGUUUGUUUCGAUCAUUCGAACGGACUCGUCGAGAUGCACCGGAAUUGAAUUGUUGCUUGUUCUAUGAAUUAUUGUUGUUUGGCGUUUUUCAAAUAAAACUUUUGGAAUUCGUAAAUGUUGCAAAUACUUUCGAGAAAUUGUACAAAAUGUGCGAAAAUAUUCCCACAUAUUCGUUGAUUGCAGUGGAGGCGUGUAUGCAGCUCGUGAUGUCAAAUGCCGCAGCUCGCAAAUUUCAAAAUGCGCAAAUUUGGUUGCGAGUCCUGAAGAAGAAAGCGGUCAUCACAUUUGGAACUGAUAAAAUGCUUGAGAUCAAAUACCCUACGUACAUGAACUUAAUUCGUGCGAACGGUCUGAAUGUUUGAAUUUAUGCUCAGCGUAAUUGAAUCACUUUUUCUUGUUAAUUGCAUAAUUUGUUUCCUUAAUUUUUUCCGUUAAUAAAAACAUGUAACAAUUACCUUCA